CACUCUCUUCGUCCCGGAUCGAUCCCCAUUCCAUUCCCCACCCGGCUCCAGCACGGAACUUUCCUCUCUCUAGGGUUCCCCCCCUAUCCCCCUCGAGUCUCGACCGUACAGGUAAAUUACAGGUCCACCCGUCCCGCGUUCGGUCCGAUCCCGUGAUUCGAGCCUUCGCGCAUCGAUCCGGGACUCUUCCGCCCGCAAAUUUCCCCGCGGCGGAGUUUCGCGGCCUCUUUGUAUUUGGGCCAUUCGAGUUGAUUAUUUUGGAGGAUUGAGUGUGCGUUGUUAGAUUUUUUGUGCGACGACUGCGGUGUGUUAAUUGGAGGUUGAAAGAAUUGUAGCUGUUUUGAGGCGGCAAGCGAGUGCUGCAGAAGCAUCACAUCUGCGCCGAGGCAUGGAUAAGGAGCUCUUCGCCAACGACGGCUCCUUCAUGGAGAGGUUCAAGCAGAUGCAGCAGGAGAUGCAGGAGAAGGAGAAGGCCGCUGCUACUGAAGCCUCAUCGGCUCCCAAGCACGGGAGCUCCAAGCCGGGGUUUGCUGUUGCGGCGAACAAGAGGCCGUUCGAGCUGAAGAAGGCUGGUCCAGUCGCCACGGGCGGGAAGCUGGCCUUUAGCCUGAAGAAGGCCAAGGUCGCGGUCGCCCCUAUUUUUGCGGCCGACGAAGAGGAAGAGGAUGUGGAGAGGGAGGAGCCUGCCAAGCGCCACAAGUCUGUGCAAGCUGAUGCUCCUGUGGCAGCUACCCCGGCAGGGGCUGUUGCCCCACCCCCACCAAAUGAUAUGACAGUGAAGCAAGUUGCUGACAAAUUGGCAAGUUUUGUUGCAAAAAAUGGGAGACAAUUUGAGAAUAUCACACGGCAGAGGAAUCCUGGAGAUACACCAUUCAAAUUUCUAUUUGACAAACACUGUCCAGACUACAAAUAUUAUGAGUUUCAGCUUGCUGAAGAGGAAAAGGCUCUUGGUCAGUCAAAGGAUGCUGAAGCAUCAAAAAAUGCUAGUUCUAGCACUGCAAGCUUCAAAGCACCAAGUGGUCUGUAUAAAAGCUCAUUUGAACAAAAGUCCAACUAUCAGACACCUGCAUCAGCUUUGUAUGGGGCAUAUGAGGGUAGUUCUUCCCAAGGAAGCUCAUCUAGUUAUGGUGAUCACAAUACAUCUGCACCGUCAGAUCCUGUAGCUUUGAUGGAAUUCUAUGCGAAAAAGGCUGCACAGGAAGAACGGAAGAGGCCACUAAGACAGUCAAAAGAUGAAAUGCCGCCACCUCCUUCUCUUCAAGGUCCUCCUAAGAAGGGACACCACAUGGGUGACUUCAUUCCUCAAGAAGAACUUGAAAAGUUCAUGGCACGCUGUAAUGAUGCUGAAGCACAAAAGGCUACGAAAGAAGCUGCCGAGAAGGCUAAGAUUCAGGCAGACAAUAUUGGCCACAAACUUCUAUCUAAGAUGGGUUGGAGGGAAGGUGAGGGUCUUGGUAGUGAGAGAAGAGGCCGUGCGGAUCCCAUUAUGGCUGGAGAUGUGAAGAAGGAUCAUCUUGGUGUUGGUGCUGUCAAGCCUGGUGAGGUCACAUCUGAAGAUGACAUCUACGAGCAAUACAAGAAGAGAAUGAUGCUUGGAUACCGCUAUAGGCCAAACCCUCUGAACAAUCCAAGGAAACAAUAUUACUGAUACAGGUUAGUUCAUCUAAGAUGUAAGACACCAAUUUUGCUGUAUUUUUGCUCACAUAACUAACAGCUAGGGAGUAUGACUAACAGCAUUGAAAGUUUUUGUUCAUCAGCAGAAAAACUAAGAAGCUCAUUUAGUCAGCAUAUAUCUUGGAAUGCCACAGAUCUGAGGCUUACGGGGGGUUCAACCGUAGCUUUGUUCUUUGUGUAGUGUUGAUCUUUGUUGCUUUAAAUUCACUUCCAUGGUGAUGUGUUGAAACGUGGAGCAUAGUUUCAUAAUGUGAUGUAUUGCCUUCUUGGAUGACAACAUAUCUUUCCUGAUUAUUCAUCUUUUUGUUGGGAUUUAUUGCCGCAAUAUCAUAUUUCCAUACUGGGAGGCAUAA